AUGGAUAAGCCUACGAUGCAUAUGCUCUCCGUCCAGGAGAAAGGCGGAGAGACAAAGAAAUUGAACCAGUAUGUAGCAGCAGUCGCAGCUUCUAUCGGCGCAGUUGCUGCCGGAACUAUCUUAGCGUGGACCUCACCAGCCCUACCACAGCUAGAGCCGCCACAGAAUACUACGACGAAUCUAACAGAGAUCGACAUAUUCUUCCUCAAUGAAACAUCUAAAGACAAUGUAUCUGACGUAUUAGUCAACGCUUUGGGCCAACCAGCGGAUUUUUUGUUAAACACCAGAGAUAGUUCAUUAGUGUCGUCUAUCCUUGCAAUUGGAGCAGCGAUUAGCGCUUUACCUGUCGGCUUUUCUGCCGAGCGUUUCGGAAGACGCCCAACGAUUCUGAUGCUGGCGUUACCGUUUCUUCUCAACUGGUUGCUCACAAUAUUCGCUAAUGGAUCAGGGAUGCUCAUUGCUGCAAGAUUUUUUGCUGGUUUGGGAACAGGUGGUAUAUGCGUUUGCGCGCCUAUGUAUAUAGGUGAGGUAGCGGAGACCUCUAUCCGCGGCUCGCUAGGCUCUUUCUUCCAACUCUUCCUGACUGUAGGGAUCCUGUUCACCUUCGUGGUUGGCGGCUGGACUCAUUGGAGGACGCUCUCAAUAAUAUCUGCUGUGUUUCCCGUCUUGCUAAUCGCAGUUUUUUGGUGGAUGCCGGAGACACCGCAGUACCUUCUCGGUAAAAACCGUCGUCGCGAUGCUGAGAGGUCACUCCGCUGGCUGAGAGGACCCUUGGCUGACCUUAGCGGAGAAUUGGAAGAAAUGCAGAAAGAUGUCGACACAGCGUCUCGUCAAAGUGCCGGCAUACUCUCAAUGGUCACUAACCGAGCUCCAUUGAUGGCGCUAAUUUGUUCAUUGGGCCUCAUGUUCUUUCAGCAGUUCAGUGGAAUCAACGCGGUCAUCUUCUACACCAAUAAUAUCUUCCAAUCCGCUGGUUCUAAUAUUCCACCAGUUAUAGCCACAAUUAUUGUCGGUGUUGUACAAACUAUAGCCACUUAUAUAUCAUCAUUAUUAAUAGAAAAAGCCGGUAGAAGGAUCCUUUUGCUCCAAAGCUGUAUAAUUAUGGGCAUCUGUUUGAUAGUUUUGGGUACAUACUUCAAAUUGCAGGAGAGCGGCGCUAAUGUUGGAACAUUCGGUUGGCUUCCAUUGAUUUGUUUGGUGCUUUUCAUAGUUUCGUUUUCGUUGGGUUUCGGUCCGAUACCUUGGAUGAUGAUGUCUGAACUCUUCGCGGUUGAAUUCAGAGGAACAGCUUCUGGUAUAGCUGUUAUAACAAACUGGUGUCUAGUCUUCAUAGUGACGCUAUGUUUCCCCUUAUUAAAAGAUAUGAUAGGUAUUUACAGCUGUUUCUGGGUUUUCAGUGGUUUUAUGAUAAUUUGCGUGUUUUUCGUUUUCUUUUUAAUACCAGAAACUAAAGGAAAAACAGUAUCUCAGAUUCAAACUAUACUUGGAGGAAAACGCGCGUAA